AUGGGAAAUAAAAUCUUUAAAGAUAUAUUAAGAAGAUUGGGGAUAGCCUCAAAACCUAAUAAUAAUAAUCGCUCAGAUGAUUCGCCCUAUCUGUUAUAUACAUUUGAUGAUGCGCAAAUGGAUCGAAUGCAAAUACGGCAUAAUAUGUAUCGUACAUUCUAUGAUGGAAAUUACAAAUCUCCAAUAGAGGACCAACUGACGAGAGGCAAUUUCCAAGUGCUGGACGUUGGAACAUGUCCAGUAUGGUCCAUGGACAUGGCUACAUCAUAUCCUAAUUCGCAAUUUACGGCGCUUGAUAUAUUUAACGUGUACCCCAAACAUAAACCGAGAAACGUUACGAUAAUUCAUUGUGACAUCCUGAGGGAACUACCGUUUGAAAGUAAUUCCUUUGAUUAUAUUCACCUAAGCCAUCUCGUGAUACAUCUCAACUCUAGUCAAUUGGAAGGAAUCUUCGAGGAAAUCGCAAGGAUUCUGAAACCGGGCGGAUAUUUAGAAUGCUUUGACACAGAACUUCCAAUGUACAAUUCUCCUCCAUACAUGAAAAAUUUUUUUGAAGAGAUUCUUAGGCGACUCCAGUCAAGGAAUAUUUAUCCUCUCGACGUCCUUAAAUUCGAACAAUAUAUCCUGAACACAGAAGUAUUUGAGAACAUAAAACACGAAAAACACAUCCUUACAAUGAAGGAUGAAAUUAUUGGAAAGUUUCUAAUAGAGAAUGUAGUUAUGUUCGUUUUGAAUUCACAUGAAUCAAUCGAUCCAUCUCUCAGUGAUGAUGCGAUUCAAAGAUUACCUGCUGACUUCAAGUUGUAUAACUCAUACAUACAGCAGCAUAGAUAUAUUGCUGUUAAAAGCUCUUGA